AGACCCGCCACGGUAGGCAUCCACCGACCUCGACAGACUUACUUCCAAACGCUAUGCCACCGUGGUACAACUACAACUGGCGCGAUUGGCGGGUUCCGCCAUGGGACGUCCCAGUCAAGACAUCCUUCGUCAGCGCCGAGAAGGCGUACAUCUGGCGCAUGCACCUCAACACCCCGCGCAUCCUGCGCAAAGAGCUCCACCAGCAGCUCGCGAUCAAGUACAACUGCACAGUCAAGCUCGUCGCGGACUGCAUCUUCGAGCGGGGGCACGGAUGGAGUCCGUCGCCGCCCCCGCAGCCGGGCAGCCGCAGUUUCAACGGGAACGGGAACAGAAAAGCGAGGAAGCAAAUCAUGGCGCUGUCGUCCCCGGUUGGAGUUGAUAUGCAGAGCCGCGAGGUUGAAGUGGCCGUCGAGGCGGAGGCGGGCGGUCCUGAGGCAGGUCCGUCUAGGCCACGCUUGAAGCAGUGGCGCCCAUCGAGCGCGCAAAUAUACGUUGAGGUCAGUACGGUGGCAGAGAUUCGUGCAAGAUACAGAGCGUCGUCAGCCUCAAGAUCCGCCGAGGAGGCUGUAACGUCGAGCAGCGGCAGCUUGGAUCCAGGGCCCACGUUGAGGAGGUCGACAAGAAAACGCAAGCAGACUGAAAAGACGCGGGACAAUACCCCCAUGAAAAGGAGAAUAUACGAGAAGCAAGUGCCUGCUGCAGAGGCAACGAGCUCCGAGAACAAUCCUACUUCCAUUUAUCCGGCGACAACGAGUUCUUCAGAGUCGAGCAGAGCGCAGACCUUGGCGUAUCAAGGCGGUUUCCGCUCGUUCCUUCAAGAACUACAGCUAGACCGCAUCGUGCCGAUAUUUGCCGAGUAUGGUUUCAUCACGGCAGAGGAUGUAAAGGUGAUCAAAAAGAUGACGACGGACACGAGGAAGCAGUUGUUCGAAUGGUUGAUCGAGGACGGGAAGAUCAAUCUAAAAGAGCUGGCCAUCCUCCACGAAAACCUCAUCUCCAAAAUGUGA